AUGAAAAAGCACCAUAACACUAAACACAUAAGUUUUGCACUUGUAAAAUUUGUGGUGUCUUUUUUAUUAAUCAACAUUUGUGCCAUUAGUGUAAGAAAAAAUGUAAAAAGAGGUAGAUUCGUCAUUCACCAAAAUGAGGAGAGUGACAUACCGAUCGGAACAGUAGUUCCCUAUUUUUCGGAGGAGACAACCAUAUUCGAAAAUUACACGGUGAAAAAGGUAAGUCAUGAGGAAAAUAUCUGUAUAAAUUCAAUUCGGAAUAAUAAAAAUUUAAACGCACCCAUGGAACAGAUGUUAAAGCUAGAAAAUCAGACGCACGCGAUAGAAGUGGGAAACAAGAGAAACAUUUAUGGCUACACAGAUAAUCUGCUACGAGAUGGGAAUUAUCAAUUGUCUAAUAUCGCAUUAACAUUUAAGGUACCCAUAAAUCACGAACUGUGCGAAUUUAAUUCCUUUAAUAAUUACAUUCUUCUUGUUAACUAUUUGAAGAAGGUAGAUUUUGAAGAAAUCAAAACCAAGUUACAAAAAGGCGUUUUUAUAUUCAUAAAAUUACCUGAUGAUUACGACUUAAAUAAAUCCAUCGCUGCAUUUACGGGGGAUAAAUAUUCUUUGUCGAAAGGCACACUAGAAAAUGACUACAUAAAAAUUGAUAUCUCCAAUGCCAUCCAGCAUUUCAUAUGUCAAAAAGAAAACCACAGCAAGGCUACCAAUUCGACUGAGCCCAAUCAGAAUGAUAAUGUGGAUAGCUAUGUUCUUGGGAAGAGCGUCGAAUUUGCUCUUUUUACUUCGCACGAGUUGAGUGACAUUAUUUUGUUUUCACCAGAAAUGAAGGAUCCGCGGUUUCUGCAUAAUUAUAAAAAUAUGAGGAAUAUUCUGAAGCUUAAAAAAAAAUUAAAAGAGAGGCACUCCAAGUGGGAGGACUGGUCUCCAUGCUACAGUGUCUGCAGCGACGAAUUUUCUUACAGUUGCAGGCGGAAUAAAUGCCUGGAGGAAGAUGCAGACUUUUGCGAUAGGUAUUUUAACCUCACAUUUCGGAAAUGUCAAUCGGCUGCUUGCCAAGUGUUGUUAAAAGAAAAAAUUCAGGAAGUCCCAAAGGAAGCUGUCCAGGAAGGUCAACAGAAUGAUGACAAAGCUGAGGAAGUAAAAGCUGCUAAUGCUGCUUCUAAUGCUGAUGCCGCUGCUGCUGCUAAUGCUGCUUCUAAUGCUGAUGCCGCUGCCGAUACCACCACCGCUGCUGCUAAUACUGCGGAAAACGCACAGUUAGAGGUGGAGAGGCAUGCAGCUGCAGAGGAUGAUUAUUUAGACGCACUCAGGUUCAGGCGACGAAAGGAAAAGAAAGUGAACUUCUUCAUGUGGAUAAUAAAUAGUAAGAAUACGACAAAAAUUCACAUGAUACAUGGGCGCACAAGUACGAGCAGCAUCCCUGUGGAAACAUGCUCAGUGGCCGACAGGGCGACAAUCAUAUGCUACACCUGUAUAUAA